UACAGCAUGAACGUGUGAUUUUUGAAAAAAAAAAACUCUCACCUCUGCCUUGUUUUCCUCUUCAAGUAUUCCUAAAUCUAAAUGGAAUUAGUUGAGUCUGAGGCGGUUUGUGAAAGGAACAGACAUGGUACAUGGACGCAGCUUCCAUCACGUUGUUGCGGGUCUGCUCAUAUUUGGGUUGUCUGGGGCAACAAAAAAGGAGACAACUCCAGAGAAAAACAAUUCUGGAGUGAAGCCUGCAGGUCAGUGUGGAACGUGGGUGAAAGAACCAGAAGGAGGGAUCUUCACUUCCCCCAAUUACCCAAACAAAUACCCCCCAAACACAGAGUGUGUUUACAUCCUUGAAGCUCCCCCGAGGCAGUGUAUCGACCUGCACUUUGAGGAGAAUUAUUCAAUUGAGUCCUCAUGGGAAUGUAAAUUUGACAACAUCGAGGUCCGGGAUGGACCUUUUGCCUUCUCCAUGAUGCUUGGGCGUUACUGCGGCCAGCAAAGCCCCCCAGAUAUCAGGAGUAGCGGCCGAUAUCUGUUUAUAAAAUUUGUAACAGAUGGAGAACUGGAAGGGGUUGGAUUUUCAGCAAGUUACAACUUCACUGCAGAUCCAGACUUUGGAGACAUGGGAAUACCGCCACCUCUGCCUUCCUGUCAGUACGACAUGGUUGGUCCAGAAGGCAUCGUUGAGUCUCACCAGAUCAUAAGAGACGGGAAGGCUGGCGCUGCUGAAGCUGUCGACUGUAAAUGGUACAUCCGUGCGCCACCACGUUCCAAGAUUUACCUGCGUUUUCUGGACUAUGAGAUGGCAAAUUCCAACGAAUGCAAACGCAACUUUGUGGCGGUGUACGACGGUGGCAGUUCGGUGGAAGACCUGAAGAGCAAGUUCUGUUCCACGGUGGCCAACGACAUCAUGCUGGUCUCCACGCUGGGGGUUGUUCGCAUGUGGGCAGACGAGUUCAGCCGUAAAAGUCGAUUCCGGAUCCUCUUCACAACCUACCACGAACCUCCAUGUGACGCAGAUGCCUUCUUUUGUCACAGUAACAUGUGCAUAAACUACACGCUGGUGUGUAAUGGCAUGCAGAACUGUGUCUACCCCUGGGACGAGAACCAGUGCAAAGAAAAGAGGAACACAAACAUCCUGGACAACCUGAACUCCACAAACGGGACCAUAAUUGGGGUAACCUGUUGCAUCGUCUUCCUCCUCCUCCUCGUCUCCGUCAUUGUCCAGAUAAAGCAGCCGCGGAAGAAGUACAUCCUGCGGCGCGAGGACUUUGACCCCACCAUAUUUCAGGAGGUUUUCGAGCCCCCUCACUACGAGCUGUGUGCCCUGCGGAGCGCCGCCACGCCCACGGCGGCCUCGGCCGACCUGGUUGACCUGGCGGAAGAUUUUGAGAACUAUCACGCCCUUCGUCGUGCCUCCUCGCGCUGCGUCCACGACCAUCACUGUGGCUCCUCCUCCAACCUCGGCUCCGCGCACAUAUCCCAGCUGUCGCUCAGCGGGCGGGGAAGCCGAGGCAACCUGAGCGCCCGCGACGCCGCGGCCGCCACCCUACUCACGGACCUCCCGCAGCCGCCCAUGGCGGUGCGGCCUCUGCUGCCGGGCACCGGAAACCGCAGGAGCAUCUUGGUCAUGAAGCACAGCUACUCGCAAGAGGCGGCGGACAAUGGAUGUGACCUGGAUGACGACAUGGAAGAAGUUCCCACCACCAGCCACCGACUCUCGCGUCAUGAAAAGGCAGUACAGCGGUUCUGCCUCAUUGGCUCUUUGAGCAAACAUGAAUCAGAGUACAACACAACUAGGGUCUAAGAGACAAUCUCAAGAUACAUCAGACAGAUGCGUCAUUCCUCUGCAUCUUGCCAAGUCUGACAACAUCCGGAGCUAAGGUUUCUCUCCCGUGUGCAUCUUCAAAGAACUGUUGCCCUGAGUAACUUUACCAGAGUACAGUGUUGUGAUGAGAAAACUCUUUAAAAAAAAAAAAGAAAAAAAAAGUUUUCUUUGCUUUGGAUGAUAAAGGUGCAUUUCCCCGACCUGCGCUGCAGCACACCUGGCUGGAUUUGACGACCCUUGGAGCACCUGAUCAUUUCAGAUAGAGGACUUAAAGUUUGUUGAAGAAUACAGUACCUUUAAUGUAAAAAAUGUUAAUGGAGGAAAACAAAAAAGAAUCAGGUUUUUAAAUUCAUUUUUAUGUAGCGAUGAAAAUAUGAGGUUGAAUAUUUCAGCUGCUCAUUUAUAGUUUCUUUUUUUUAUAUUGAUGUCAUGUCUUUACAGUAGAGAAUCAGGUUGUUUUUAUAUCAAAAACAGUUGUCGAAAAGGCAACGUAGCAGGAUAUAUGAAAUAAAGUCAUGUUAAACUUCUUUUAUGGGUGCAUACAUGAUUCUAUUGCACUGUCAACUAAUAUUUCCUCAAUUUCACUUCUAUUGACACUUUUUUUUCUGUCUUAACACAGUUCAUUACAU